AUCGAAAGUUCUGGUACGAUGAGAGAAAUAUUGAAAUCAAAGGUAUUCAUAUUUCAGAAAUCGUUAACAUAUCAAAAACUGGUGAAUUGGGUGGGUGGAGCAGAAUCCGGGUCAUAAUCAUGCUCAUCAAGCCAUUGGCUUGGUUUUAAUACAUAAUCUACGGCAACAAAUGCAGACUCCACACUGAAGUGGAGCCUCCAGAAACGAAAAUUGCAAAGCUAGCGCUGAACAAAGCUCCGAAGCCACUACUCAGAGUUGUGGAAGACAAGUUCGUUUCUCUCUUACGGUCAUGUAACACCUGCACGCGCCUUCACCAGAUCCAAGCCCAAAUAGUGACCCAUGGGCUUUAUCACAACGAUUACGUCGCGCCAAGUCUCGUCACGGCGGUCGCGCGGCUCAGCGGAUCGGGUCAGGCCCGAAAGCUCUUCGAUAAAACGGCGCAACGAAACACUUCCACGUGGAACGCCAUGUUCCGAGGAUACUCCCAAGCUGAGUCUCAUUCGAACGUCGUCGUUUUGUUCCGCCACAUGCACCGCGCCGGCGCUUUGCCGAAUUGCUUCACCUUCCCGAUGGUACUCAAAUCUUGCGCGAAGGAAAACGCAGUAAAAGAAGGACAACAAGUUCAUUGCGUUGUUGCCAAACACGGCUUUACGUGGAGCUCUUUUGUGGGGAAUGCUUUGAUUGGGAUGUAUUCAAGUAGAGGAUCCGUUGGGGAUGCUUAUAAAGUGUUCGGUGAAAUGCAUGAGAAGAAUGUUUUUGCUUGGACUGCUAUCAUUAGUGCCUAUGUUUCGUGCUGUGACAUUGUUUCUGCUCGGCGUCUUUUUGAACUUGCGCCUCAGCGUGACGUUGUGCUAUGGAACACGGUCGUUGCAGGUUAUAUCGAUUUGGGUGAUAUGGUGGCUGCGAGAGAGCUCUUUAAUAAGAUGCCAAACCGGGAUGUGAUGGCAUGGAACACCAUGUUGAACGGUUACGCGAAUAACGGUGAUGUUGAAUCGUUUGAGAAGUUGUUCGAGGAAAUGCCUGUGAGAAAUGUUUAUUCUUGGAAUGGGUUAAUUGGAGGCUAUGCUCGGAAUGGGCUUUUUAAAGAUGCUUUGGGGUCUUUUAAACGGAUGUUGGUUGAAGCUGAUGUGGUUCCUAAUGAUUUCACUCUUGUGGCAGUGCUUUCCGCGUGUUCGAGAUUGGGGGAUCUUGAUAUGGGUAAGUGGGGGCAUGUGUAUGCGGAGAGUGUUGGGUAUAAGGGGAAUUUGUUUGUUGGAAAUGCUUUGAUUGAUAUGUAUGCAAAAUGUGGGGUUGUAGAGAAUGCAGUUUACGUGUUUAAUUGUUUGGAUGUGAAAGAUAUAAUAACUUGGAAUACCCUUAUUAAUGGUCUUGCAAUGCAUGGGCAUGCUGCUGAUGCACUGAGUUUGUUUGAGCAGAUGAAGAAUGCAGGAGAGAGGCCGGAUGGUGUUACUUUUGUUGGUAUUUUGUCUGCUUGUACGCAUAUGGGAUUAGUGAGGGAUGGGUUUUUGUAUUUCCAAUCAAUGGUUAAUGAUUAUGCAAUAGUGCCUCAGAUCGAGCAUUAUGGAUGUAUGGUUGAUUUGCUAGGAAGAGCUGGUCUUAUAGACCAGGCUGUGGAUUUUGUGAGGAAGAUGCCUAUGAAACCCGAUGCAGUUAUAUGGGCUGCGCUUCUCGGGGCGUGUAGGAUAUACAAGAAUGUUGAAAUAGCAGAACUGGCUCUUCAGCACCUCAUUGAACUUGAACCCAAAAACCCUGCAAACUUUGUCAUGCUUUCAAACAUAUACAAGGAUCUUGGGAGAUGGCAAGAUGUUGCGCGGUUAAAGAUUGCGAUAAGAGAUACUGGGUUCCAGAAAUUGCCGGGAUGUAGUGUUAUUGGGUGCAAUGAUAGUGUGGUGGAAUUUUAUUCCUUGGAUGAGAGACAUCCUGAGACAGAAAGUAUAUAUAGGGCAUUGCAGGGGUUGACGGUUCUGUUAAGAUCACACGGAUAUGUUCCUAAUCUUGUGGAUGUUGCUCAAGGAACCUGAAUGAUUAGAUAGGUACUGUCGGUGAGCCAUUCGUUAUUAUCUGGCUCAGCAUCCAAAACACUUGUUCAAUUCCACAGGCCAAAAUCAAUCUUUAAAUUCUGGCUCCGUUUAGAAAGACUGAGGUAGUUCAAUAGGGUCCUUUAAUCUAUGUAACGAAUUUUUGAAUGAAGAAAUAGUUACCAACGCAAAAGCAGUCAGGCUGUAUAUACAAUAAGACGCUGAACUC